CCUAAAUAUAGUCAUGUGUGAUCUUGUUUGAUUUGUCUUAACAUAUAGAUUAUUAAUAUAUAAUUUCUAUAAUUUUUUAAUAUACAAAUUACAAGAUAAAAUGGAUUAAAGAAGUGCAUUGGAUGGUGUGCCAAAAGCCGCGCGAGGAACUUGCGAGCUAAGCUUCCGCCACAAGCGAAAUUGAAGAGGCCGGCCGGAAAGGAGAUGGAAGGCGGCGGCGGGUGUGGCGUGAAACCAGCGUGGCUGGAGCGGUUGACGGCGGAGGAGUCGUUCUUUGCCGUGUGCGGGGCCCACCAACGACGGAGGAAGAAGAACGAGAAGAACAUCUUCUGCUUACUCUGUUGUCAAAGCUUCUGUCCUCAUUGCCUCCCUUCUCAUCAAUCUCACCCUCUUUUACAGGUAAGGAGGUAUGUCUAUCAAGAUGUCAUUAGAUUGGAUGACCUUGAGAAGCUCAUUGACUGCUCCUACAUUCAGCCAUACACAAUAAACAGCGCCAAAGUAAUAUUCUUAAAUCAAAGGACACAGUCGAGGUCUAGUUGCAAGGGCUCGGCCAAUUAUUGUUUUACAUGUGACAGAAUUCUUCAGGCCCCUCAUAGCUUUUGUUCUCUCUCAUGCAAGGUAUCUCUUUGCUCUUGUACUUCCAUAUUAAUCUUUUAGGGUGAAUGGGUACCCUCUCUCUUAUCAUCUGGACAACAAGCACCAAAAUCUCUCACAUUUUAAAAAGGAGAAACUUUACUCAGGGCUGUCUUUGAAAAAUUAAGGGCCCUGGACAACGCCCAGAAUAUAGGUCAUUAAAUCAU